CGAGCAAUAAAUAAAAUCAAUUUCACCCCAUCAUCAAUCAAAUCAAAUCAAUCACUCCGUCGACUCAAUGGAACAAUACCGACCUCCUCUUUUACCUCUCAUCAAUUGUUUCUUGCUAUUGUAGAUGCUCGUUUUUAUUGGCGUUCCCGGUCCUUGUCCCUUUCUUUUUACGCUCUCUUUGCUCACUCCGAGAGGACCAUCAUCACCUUUUUUCGGCAACUAAACACCGAUUUUGUGCUCAUAGGCAUCAGACUCUUUCCUCCCAGACUUAAUUUCUGACUUUAGAAUCAGCAUCUCGCUCCUAAUUACAAAGAUUUUUUCUCCUCUACAUUUGAUCCAAUCUCUGUCUUUUGACGACAUGGAUCAGAAUCUAGCUGUCAAGCGUCCGCGUGGAAGACCUCGCAAAAGUGCGAGUGCAACCAUUGCGCCGGCGCCAAAACCUGCUCGAAUCCUGCCGGGACCUGGACUCAAGCAAAUCCGCAACCGCCGGGCUUCGGCACCAGGUGGUAAGCGGUCAACCGCUGUCUCUCAAGCACAAAAUGGUGAGAGCGAGGCCGCUGAAGACCAAAUUAUUGUUGAUGUUCCAAAAGUCUUGUCACUUAGAACAUCCUACCAAAACGGCAUUUUCAGUGUUUACGGUCUUCCGGUCCAACAUCAACCAUCCCCACCAAAGCUUUCUCCGGUCGCUUCAGAACUGGCAGAUCCAUCUAUCAAUGCAGAGGUCAAAGACCAGCCAGCUGGGUCCGAGGCUCAACGGCCCGAGCUCAAAGCAGGAGACCCGGAGAAUCUAAUCCCGGAAGAAAUCGGCCGUGCUCCAGAUGCAGAGUCGGUCCUGCAAGAACAGCUUCAUUCAUUCUCCUCCUCUUUCUCCCAUCCAAACUUGGGAGACGGAGCUCCUAGAAAUCUCGGCAAUUCUACCGAAGCUUGUCUGGGAAGCAAUAACUCACACUCUACGUCGAUGACGGAUCAGCCAAAGCAAAAUAAAAAUUUUGAAGAUCCUGAUGACACGUCCGACGUAGAUGAUCUAUCUGAUUCAGACCUGCCCCCACCUUUCUCCUCUAGACCCGCCACCGCAACCCUCUACACUGAACCUGCAAGCCAGGAGCAGUCUGAAAGCUCCGAGGACCGCUCGGAGGCGCACAGACUUGUUGCUGAGCAAUGGGAUCCCAUAACUGAUCCGGAGCUUUUUCUCGCAGCUCUUGAAAAUCCAGAGAAGCGUUCAACGAAAGCAUUAUUUGCUAUUGCGGAGAAUGCACAACGCGCAUUAAAAAUAUGGCAGGACGAAUGGAUAAUUUUGGACAAGCGUACCGCUCGAUUCGCUCAACCACCAAGAAAGCCUGCAGAUCCUCGUGCAGUCGAGGCGCCAGUCCGCUUUGAGGACAGAAAGGAGGCAGACCUCUACGGUUACAAGUAUGACCCGGAUCCAAAGAAAGAAGGAAAACAGGAUCCGGAGAAACAGCGACAUGGAAGAGUGGUUGGCGGACGUGAACUCCGCAAGCUCAAAGCGAGUCUCGCUGGCAAAGGCCUUGAAGGAGCAGGUGAUCCAAAUGCCAUUGUCGAAGGAAAGCGAGCUCGUCGUCAGCGACAAGCCUUUGAUGGUCUUGUCACGGCCGGAACUCGACCGAGGUACGCGGCUGAGGAAGGACUCAAGUUUUCUACCGAGAUGGUGGAAGAGUCCGCGCUGCCACGGAAACGGGGUCGUCCCAAGAAGGAGCCAAUUCCGGCGCGAGUUCGAGCUGUUCGAGAAGAAAGUUUGUUUCCAUCUACGACCAGCACCGAAGGCGAAAUGGAGGCAGAAACCGAUAGGGACACGCUGGCUUCCACGGCCGCGACUCCCACCCCGCCACCACAACCGCCGAUUGUGAAGCGGCGAGGACGUCCUCCAAAGGGUGCACUUGCCCCGCAAUCCGAAGGGGUAGAGAAGAAACGAGCAGCAAAAGCGUCGAAACGAAGUCGCUCGAUGAAGAAGUGGUGGGAUGCCAGAAAGGCUGCGGCAUUAGCUAAAGCAAAGGAGGCUGAGGCAGGAGAUACCAACGGCACCGGAGGGGCCAGUGACGCUCCACCUUCCAUACAUACCAGUGGGCUCAACCUGACUGCCGCCAGCUCCACUGAAACUUCAGUCUCUCCUAUCAGCCAGGCUGCUCCACUACUUCAAGAGGAGAGCGGUCAAAGCUCCGAAAUCAGCAUCGUGCCUUCUAUGAAAGGUAGGCGUCCCGUAGCUAAGCCGAAGAGCUUGCUUGGUCGAAGCACAAAGCUUUCUUCUUCAUCUUCUUCUGAAAACUCACGCACAGCCGCUGCACCUGUCACGACUGGGCCGGAAAUUAGACGCUCUUCAAGCCCUCGUGGCUUGACCGAAUACGAACAAUAUCAAAAGCUUUCAACCCCGGGACAGGACAGCGAUCUAGGCAAGAGGAAGCGAAAGUCCACAACCAACUUGAAUCCUACCUACGAACUUGCUGUCAAAAAGCAAAAGAUGGCAUUCGAAGAAGGAGCAGGGCUUGGAGAUCUGAGUCGAGCUACCAGUCGUGGUGCGGAGUCUGAUGUAGAAGGCGGAGAGACAGGUGUCACCAGCACCGAAGUCGAUGAUGAUGACGGCGAUGAGUGGGACGGAGACUGAUUGUCUGUCUUCAAUCAUUUUUUUACACAAUAUGUACAAAAGCAGCUGCCAUCGCGGGCC